AUGGCAUCAAUAACAACCUUUGAUACAGUAUUAUUCAGUACACUUGAGGCUGACAAGGUCAUCGAGAACUCACGUACUUGGUGUGCGACUAAUGGUUGGACAGAUCAUCAGGAGAUCGUCGGUUUGUUGAUGAGCUGGCAGUCAAUGGAGACCAUUGCUCUCGAGUUCAAGGAAUCGUCGUCAGUGGUGCUCACAGAGCAGGGCAUUGACGCAGUCGCCAACGGCUCGCUCGAGUACAGAAUGUUCCAAUCGAUUCCCGUCGAGGGCAUCCAAGUGAAGGAGGCCAACGAGAGACACGGUGCCACUGCAUUCGGUGCCGCCAAGUCCAAGGGAUGGAUCGUCGUCGACAAAGGACUUGUCAAGAAGAAGGACGGUGUUGUCGAGGACACCACAAAGAACCAACUACUCGCCCUUGCCACUCUCGAUGCCAAGGACAUCUUGGCUCUGCGAAAGGCCAAGUUGGUCGAGGACAGGAAGGUAUCAUAUUGUAGAAUAGCUCAAGGCGCAAAGUUUAACAUUAGAAAGAAGGAAUGCUCAGAUCUCACGGCUGAGAUGCUCAAGUCGGGAUCGUGGUCCAGCGAGACAUUCAAGUUCAACAUCAAUGCACUGGGCGAGCAGCCAUGGUCUGGCUACCGUCACCCAUUGAGCAAGGUCAAGGCAGAGUUCAAGCAGAUCUUCUUGGACAUGGGCUUCGAGGAGAUGCCCACUGGCAACUUUGUCGAGAACUCCUUCUGGAACUUCGACGCUCUCUUCCAGCCACAACAGCAUCCAGCUCGUGAUGCUCAUGAUACAUUCUUCCUCAAGGACCCCGCCACAUCACACGACUUCACAGACGACUACUUGGCCAAAGUCAAGAAGGUACAUGCUGAGGGUGACUAUGGUUCAUUAGGAUGGAGAUAUGACUGGAAGCUCGAGGAGGCCGAGAAGAACAUCCUUAGAACACAUACUACUGCCGUGUCCUCACGUAUGCUUUAUAAAUUGGCUCAGACUGGAUUCAAACCAAAGAAGUACUUCUCAAUUGAUAGAGUGUUCAGAAAUGAGUCUUUGGACGCUACUCAUUUGGCAGAGUUCCACCAGGUCGAGGGUGUGAUUGCCGACGUCAACAUCUCACUCAGCCAUCUGAUUGGUAUGUUCACAGAGUUCUUCAAGCGUCUGGGCAUCACCAACAUCAGCUUCAAGCCUGCCUACAACCCAUACACCGAGCCAUCGAUGGAGAUCUUUGGUGUGCAUCCCAAGCUCGGCCGUGUGGAGCUGGGCAACUCUGGUUUGUUCCGUCCAGAGAUGCUGCGUCCAAUGGGUCUGCCCGAGAAUGUCACCGUCGCCGCCUGGGGUCUGUCCCUCGAGCGUCCAACCAUGAUCAAGUACGGUCUGGACUCCAUUCGCCAGAUCUUUGGUAAUGACCUCAACAUCAGCUCCAUCGAGUCCAAUCCAAUCUGCAUGUUCCCUCCAGUCAGAGAAUAA